AUGCAGUUUAAUACCAUGCCAAGGGGACUCGCCAAGAAAACUCUCAGCGUGCUACAAGCUAAGGACGAAGUUGUGAAGAAAAAGUCACCAACUCGACUUCCCCGCUUCGACUGCUUCUCCAACCACGCUGUGCUGAACUUUAGCCUAUACUUGUCCAUCCCACGAGUACUUAUCUCUGACGGACAACCCGCAAUGCUCUAUGCCGACGGCGAGGAAAAUGCGUUUCAUGUCAGGGCUACAAAGCUUUCAUCUAUGUCCGAUGAAGAUUGGACCCUUUCCACAAGGCGCGGUGCAGAACACAUGACAAUCGAGACACCGGUGGAUAAGAAGGCCGAAAUCUUGAAUGGCAAGAUUAAAGCGGUUGUUUCCAAGCGCGGCAAGAUUACCAUCUACAACUUCAAACGGAAAAAUCUCCGGCAGGAAUAUGCCUGA